AUGGAUUUCAGAGAGUUUUCAAUUAAAAUCAAUAAAAUUAAUAUGGACUCUAUUAUAUGCAAGGUUAAAGAUUGUUUCGAAAUUGCAAUAGAGAUAUGCUUUUGUCGAAAACAUAAAUUUUGCGAAUAUCAUUUAAUGGAUCAUGCAGUUAGAGAACGAAAUGGGCAGUUUUUUGAUGCUAUAUUUCCUCAGACCAUUUAGUCGAAAACUAUGCAUUAUUUUCAAAUAAAUGCCUGAUAAGGUAAAAGUCCAGACUAAAUAGCCCUAACUCCCCUUAGUAAACAAGCAAAAUAAUUGAAAAAUCCUCCUACGUAAACGAGCAAUAAUUGUUUAAUAUAAUAAUAACGAAAUAUCUUGUUAAUUCUAUUAAACCUUAAUUUUAUAAAUUAAAUUACAUUUUUGUUUUCAAAAUUUUGUAUCGCCCCUCUGUAAGUAAGCCAAAAUUUUUUCUCACUAAGGAAGUGAGAAUUUUUUCAAGAGAAAAUCACUUCGAGGUAAAUGUAUAACGCCUUUUUGAUGAUUUUAGCCUUAGUACUGAUAGGAUAGCGCUUCAAUUUGUUCAAGAUCAAAUCAACCUUAUCGAAAAAGAAAAGAAGCUGCUUACUGAAGAAGCUUGAAAUCUAACAAUUAAUAUUCAAGAGGAAUUACAAGAAAGACUUAAAAAAUUAGAUGAAGGGCUUGAAAAAUAUAGAGAGGAAUUAAAAAAGAUUAUAAAUGAUGCCAAGAGUCAUGGAUAUAAUGACUUUAAACACUCAAAAAUGGUAUGUGACAAUGGGAUAAAUAAGAUUAUGAUAUAAGGAGCUUUUGCUAUUUUUCUAUGUGCUUGCCAAGACUUUUCAUAAUGUGAAUACUCCAUUUUUAGACCAAAAGCUUUAGAGGCCCUACUUGUCUAAGGCUUCAGCAUUAGAAACAAUUUAUGGAUUUGCCACCAUCUUAUUUAUAUUAAAUAAGAUUCGCAAAAAUAAUCCCGCUGAAAAUCAAAAAAAAACAUUCCCAGAAAACCAUUUUCAUGUACAAAAAAUAAGCAAUAAGUUUUGUCGUCAAAAGAGCACCAGAGAAAGUUUUGCGGUGAUUGUAAACCAAUCGCUUGAGUUAGAAAGUGAAAGGUUAAAAAAUUUUGUGAUUAUAUCCUUGUAUAAAAGAUGCCUUGAAUUGGAGCAGAAUAUUUAUGAGCUGGAGGUUGUAAAAACUCCUUUGACUGCAGCCACUACACGAGAAUCCAGUGAGCUUGACCCAGAUAGUCAAACAUUACUCACUUAAUAAUCGCCCUGCAUAACACUCCACCUCUUGCUUCUUACAGAUGAGGGCUUGUACUCGCUACGUACCCAUAGGUUCGCUCUAAGAAAAUUGAAAAAUGAAUUUUCUUGUCGAGUUAUUGACCAAAAUGAAAUCCUGAGCAGGAUGCAACACUUGGAACUGCUAGGAAUUUUACUCGAUUGGCAGUGAGAUCCAGUAGACUUGCUGGGCUUUCCCUUUCCAACUCCACCAAACCAUAUUUCCAAGUGGCAAAGUCUUGUCCUAAAGGUUGGCUCAGCCUGAUAUUGUGGCCCGCGAUGUAAAGCCCAAAUGAAUGCAAAUUUCGCUCACUGCGCCAUUUUAAUGUAUCCAGAAUAGUCAGGUAACCUUUGAAAUUAUUAAUGCUGAAUCCAAAAUAAUUGAGCAAAAAGAGAUUACACCUUCAGAAAAAGUUUGUACAUGUAUUUAUUGCUUGACUUUAUCUGAAUUUGAAAUUAAAAGCCAAGAAUUUGGAUCUGAUAAAUACACGCAUUGUCUUUUGAACCAAAAUCCUAAUUUGUAG